GCCACGUCUCUUCGCCGCUUCAUGGAUGUCGAUGAAACGUUGUCUUCCCCUGCUGCUCGGUCCCUCCUGUCUUGGCCCAGGUUUUCUGACAUGAGGUGAUGUGUGUGUCCUUGCGGAAGGAAUCAGACAGCCGCGCUUCGGUCUGUCACUCUCCAGUGAAUUUACAGCUCAAUAACUAGUGUCAAGGUGUCUAUGAAGCCGUCACUUUGCUGCUCAGUAACAAACUGUGUUUGUUGUGGGUAGCUCCCAGGUAUGAAUCCCUUCAAGCAAAUGACUGCUAAGCAGAACACAGAAAACGACCACUGAGUACACUGAAGUGAAAACACAGGAUCUACUGGCAAUGUCGCUCUGCGCUGUGAUGAGGUCAGACCGGGUGUUCAGGCUGAGAAACAUGCUCUACCUCCACAACACAGGGCAGCCUUGAACUCUGCUUCGUCACCCUCUCCAUCCUCAGCCAUGAGUGUAACUGUAAGCUGAUAGUAUGUGAUCAACAGCACCGUGGCACCCAACAUCCUGCUGCUUCACCACCUCAAUAAAACCGUUUCAGUCUGUGUUGUGAAAAUGGCAGAAGAGGGUUUCCAGCUCAGAGCUCUCGACUGCGCCGAGGACAAAGAGCUGCAGCCAGCUGACUUCCCAACGUCAUCUCUAGCAUCCCUCCAUCUCAGGGACGAGGCUGUGGUCAUCCACGAGAGCACCAACCAUAUGGGGGAUAAUCCUGAGCCUCAUUCUGUAUUUUCUGUGAUGAUGUCAUCACCACUUAACCAAUCACGACAGCAGUCAGACAUAUCCGUGGCUACUAGGCCUGAGCCUUCACCAGCAGUUCAAGAGUCCUUGGAGUCCAAGAUGGGCCAAAACGACAGCGAGGCUCGGUCUCACACCCUGACGGAGUUCCUGAAGGACCUUUCCUCCCCUGUUGGUCAUGACGAUGCACUAAGAACCAACAUCGUCAAGGACGGAGAACUUCAACCCAAGAACAACAUAACCAAAGCGAUGGCAGCAUGUGACUCCAGCUGUGAUGACAACCAUCUAUCUGAUGCGGAGUGGUACUGGGGAAAUACCUCGAGAGAGGAAGUAAACGAGAUGAUGAGAAACACUCCUGACGGCACGUUCCUGGUCCGAGAUGCUUCCAGUAAGGUGAAGGGGGAAUACACUCUCACACUGAGGAAAGAUGGCUCCAACAGACUGAUAAAGAUCUUUCAUCAUGGGGGGAAGUAUGGUUUUUCUGAGCCACUGGCCUUUCCCUCAGUGGUGGACCUGAUCAAGUAUUACCAGAACAAGUCCCUGGCCCAGUACAACUCUAAACUGGACACACAGCUACUCUACCCCAUUACCAGAUACCAGCAGCAGCAGGUUGGGAUGGAAGUUGACAUUGAUGUAGUUGGAGAACAGCUGAGGAUAUUUCAGGAGCAAUACAGAGAGAAGAGCAAAGAGUACGACCGUCUGUUUGAGAAGUUUAACCAAACCUCUCAGGAGCUGCAGAGCAAGCGGACAGCCAUAGAGGCUUUCAGUGAAAUAAUCCGGAUCUUUGAGGAGGAGUGCGAAACUCAAGAACGCUACAGCAAAGAAUACAUCGACAUGUUCCUCACAUUAGACAACAGCACAGAGUCAGACAAGAUUCAAAGCAAUUCAGAUGAGCUGCAGUCGAGGGUGGAGGAGAUACACAACAGCAAGAAGAAGUUGGAGGAGGAGCUGAGGAGAAAGGCGGUAACUCACAUGGAGGUCGACAAGAAAAUGAACAGCCUGAAGCCCGACCUUGUGCAGCUCAGGAAGAUCAGAGAUCAAUACCUGCUCUGGCUCACCCAGCAAGGCACCAGGCAGAGCCAAAUCAAUGACUGGCUAGGUAUCAGGAAUGAAGAAGAAGACCCGUACACUCUGGCAGAUGAUAUCGACCAGGAGGAGAGGAGCUGGUACGCUGGUGGUAUGAGGCGUAAGGAGGCAGAGGAGCUACUGAGAGGGAGGAGGGACGGGACGUUCCUGAUCAGAGACAGCCAGACUCAGAGAGGCUCCUUUGCCUGCUCUGUUGUCGUGGAUGGGGAUGUGAAGCACUGUGUGAUCUACAGGACGUCCACAGGGUAUGGCUUCGCUGAGCCCUACAACCUGUACCCAUCUCUAAAAGAGCUGGUCCUCCACUACCGACACACAUCCCUGAUCCAACACAACCAGCAGCUGAAUGUAACCCUGGCCUGGCCCGCUCUCAGCCAGCAGCCCAGCUGAGACACACCAGCACGCCACCCUGAUGGCACUUUCCCAAACGCUUCACUGUAUUUGCACCACGGACGCACCAACAUGGACACUAUUGCCAGACUCUGACAGGGUACCGGUUAGUGUCGUCACUAUAGGAGAAUUUCCAGAAACAGCUUCAGUGCUCAGAUUUGGAUAUCUAAAAACCCUACACUGGUAAGAUGUCAAAGCAAGGUUGAUGACUUCACUUCCUGUCAGCUUUUUUAGUUGAAUAGAGUGGCUGCAUAUUAACGGUAACUCUGCUCUAAUCUAGUUUAUUUUUUUAAAGCUAUUAUUCCUAAUAUUAAAAAUCCCAUUUAGUCGCCAUCUGCACAUACAGCUUGCAAAACACAAUUGGGAUUAAGUACUUAGCUGUUCACAGAAUUCGGCAUUGAAUUAAAUCUUGUGCAGCAGUACUGAGGUAGUCCUGGAAUACUGCCUCGUCAUAACAACACUGGUGGUGGUGUCAGCGAGUUUCCCAAACUGCUGCCGGUAUUAAAGCUGCAAACAUCUUAGCAGUGUAGUGGUUUAUAACAAUGAUAUCAGGGUAACACAAAAUACAAGUAUCUAGCUUCAGAAUACUAAACUGAUGAGGAACAAUCAAAAUAGAGAGAGAUAAUUUGGCUUGCUAUGAAAAGGAGGGUAUAUUUUCUUGGUGGAGAGAAACUGAUUUUUUUAAGAAGCAGGUUUCAUACAGUGUUGACGCUACAGUCUCUAGAUUUGGCCAGUCUUGCCUCAAACACGGACUAAAAUUUUGUCCAACUAUCCAAAUUAAUGCUUGGCCUCAGCCACCUUCCCUCCACAGUGCAUAUCUUAAAUCAAUACAGUCAGUGCAGUUGCAGUGUUUAAGCUGGGGAAAUGAGCUCAGGAUGGGACUCUGCACUACCAAGCACAUGUGCUUUAUGGGUAGUGUAGUGUAGAAACUGAGGAGACACACAAGCACUUUAUCCAAAACAAGACAACCAGAGUACACACGAGCACACAGAUGCAAGCUGGAGACUCGUGAGGCACUGAUUUCACGUAUAUUGAUGUUGCUGGUUGAAAAGAGGUUUUUAUUUCAGUGAUAUAUAAGAAGUUAUUUUCUUACUGUCAUCUUUAUUCUGCACAUUAUCUUCAGGACAUUACAAAUAAGAGGAAAGAGGAGCUCAUGGAUUUUACCUCUGGGGUAUAUUUAUGCUUCACAGCCCCUAUUUUUGUCAUUAUAGCAUCUUUCAGAUUAUCAGAAGAUUAUUUUCAUUCACUGAAAAAAGGGACAAUCAUGUUUAAAUUAGUGUAAUCUACGUGUUGCUUUAAACUCACUCAUGAACACUUUAAUGUGUUAGUAAUAAUAUAUGAGUGGGUAUUAACUGUGAAGAAUCAGACGUGAGGCACAGGCUGACAAUGUAAGCAUUUCUGUGUGUCGUGUACAUGCACAUUUUGGAUUAUUGACCCCAAAUAAGCACAAUUACUUCUAAGUAUCUGGGAGAUAUCAGUCUGGUUCAGAUUAAUCUUUAGAGAAUCAGUCAGCUGUUUUUUAGUUUCUAUAUUUUUGGUUGGUGUUGUUGAUCCAGGAGCUUUGCUAACUCUCUGGAGUCUGAUGUGGAGUGAUAAUGGUAUUUAGAUUUUGGGUUCUGGUUGAAAAGUGCCCUUAAGUGUUCCUGUUCCAGCCAUCGUGAUUUUCUUUGUGUUACUCUCAGGAGCGAUGUCUCGUCCCCUACAUGGUGUGUUGGGUGUAAUCAACAAUGUUAGGAUGGACUGAACAGUGACGUUGUGUCAGGCUGGAUACAAGGUUACAACAGCACAAAAACCCUGGAGUACCCUGAGAGAGAGUAUUAUUAUCAAAGGUAGCUGUGUUCCUAGAAUAGCAUCAUAUUCCCUAUAAUAAUUACAUUUAACUGUUUUGUAAAAGUGAGUGUCACAUGGAUCUUAUUCCCCAGAAAUUUCCACAUUGAGCUCAGAUCACACUUGGCACGAGAUGCUGUGCACAUGACAUGGGCCUGUGUACCAGGGGCUGGAUGCAUAAAACUGUGUUGAUUCACGACAAAGACUGUGUGUACACACAAAGGCAGAAAUAUGAAUAUGCAUUCUUUUUUUCAUUUAUAAAGCAAUGCAUAUGCCCAAUUCUGAUUUUAAAAUCUCAUUCAUUGCGGCGCUGGGUGCACAUACACAUACAUACAUCUGUGUGUAUAUCGAUACUUGUGCACCUCCACUGCUCAUUAGACGGUGAGAAAUAUGGUAAAGAAAGUGCAAUUUCACUAACUGUGUUGCAUCAACAGUGUUCUCAAAUGGUGCCAGAAUGGCUGCCAUCACACACGGCUGUGGUGAUUUGUAGCUUCUGUACCACUUUUACUAACAUUUCUGCAAUUUGUUAAGGGAGAUAUUCACACAUCUGACUUUCGCAGACGCAGGUGCGUUGUAAAAAAUCGCUUGAGUCUUUGAAGAGACAAUCCCUCACACUGCUCUCGUUCAGCUUCACAAUUAUUUUUUCUAACACUAAUGUUCAGUCCAACUGGACACUCUAGACGACCCAGUAGGACCGAAAACAUUAGUGUUACAAUAAAUCGUAAAGCCGUUGAAGGAGCAGUGUGAGGGAUUUUCUGUUCAAAGACUCAAGUAACAUUUCUGCAAACCAACACAGUAAUCUUAAUAAUCAUUAUUAUUAAACAAUUAUUCAUUGAUCAGUGAUUCACUCAGAGCGCUCAUGUUGAAACUGACUUUACAAAGAGCUUCACAGGGUAACAAACAAUCACUAAGAUGAAUGCAAAUAAAAAAAUGAAUUGAAAUUAACUUUCUAAAUGCACCUCUGGUUGACAUUUUACAGCCUGCAAAAAUAGUAACAUAACCAGUGAAAUUCGACAACCUAAAAAAAAAAAGGUUACCAUCAAUCUGAUCUUAUCUUUAUCACAUCAUCCACCACUAUCUCAGCUAAAAACGUGUGGACGCUGAAUCUCACGUAUACAUGAGGUGCACACAUUCUUUGUUUAUAAAUACAGAGUUAUGUGUGAGAAAAAGCGUAUGCAUGGAUUUUGUGUGUACACAUCCUUUAUGCAUCUGACCCCUGGUGAUUAAAAUUUACUUUAAGUUUUAAUUAUAAAAGAUAAUUAGAAAAACAAAGGCUCAUAAUUUUAGUGGUGUAGAAUUUAGACAAUUGUUAAAUCUUAGCCAUGACCUGAGGUGAAACUAAAGACACAGGAGCUGAAAAUGUAUCACUGAUACAUAGUAUUUUAAAGGAGCAGUAAAGAAGUACAUAUGAAACUAUCAUUGCUUAAAUUUUGCAGGCUUGUUAGUUAGCUUUGCUGGCUAACUAACGACUAGCUAACAAGGUAUGAUUCCAGCUAUUGUGGACCAAAUGUAGUAUUUUACCAUAAAAUGUGACAAAAUUAUGAUAUUAGAAUUCACUAGUGGGGUAAAUGUUGGUACACAGCAGCAGAACAUACCUGAGAUGAUUUUUUACUUUCUCUUUAAGAGUGAGGUAUAUUCAAAAUGGUGAUAAAUAUUAUAUUUUGAAGUUGAAGUUGUUUACAUUUAAGGCCUACCCAGGAGCCUCGGGCCCCAGGUAGGUAACAGGGACUCCUCUGAUCGUGCACUUUGUGAGCGGAAAUGAAGUGGUGCUUAUAGUGAGAUACAGUGAAUCAUUUAAACUAUUUUUAUAGGUAAAAAAUACAGUAGUUAUUAAAUAUGCAGUGUUAGGUUGGGCUGCCCAUUGAAGUUAUUGUAUGUAUUUCCUGUUUAAUGGGUCACUUUAAAUGCACUAGCGGUCAUUAGUCAAACAUGUGCUUGAUGCUCGUUGCACACUUGAAGUUAUCAGUUCUGUCAGACUGGUUAUUGUCAUGAAGGGAGCUGGAAACACUGUGUCCAAGUCCCACUUUGUGGCAGUGAAAAGGUGUAAAUGUUUGAUUUUGCAUGCCAUCAUUAACAGAUUAUCUAAGUAUUAUAUGUAUUACUGAUUAUAAUAUACGGCUGGAUACUGUUUUGACACCGGUUCUGGUACUAUAAGUUCACCACCAGCUAUAAAAGAUAUGUUUUGUUACCUUUCUUUGAUGGGUUAGCUGUAUUCUGUGAAAUCCUCAAGCUUUUUUUUUUUUUUUGCUUUGUCUCCAUCACUGGUGCUAAGCAGUCAUUGCUGUAGUUUUCCUUAAAUACACCUCUCCGAGAUCACCUGUCAGUCAUACUGUAUGAGUGAUACUGUGAUAUCUGCCCCGUCAAAGCAAACGGAAAAGCUUUCAGGUUGGGUGUGCUUUGUUGUGCUUGUGACCACAUGAAUCUGCGAUAUAGCGUUGCACAGUAGUAAAAUGUAGAGUGCUGCGUUGCACAGGUUGUGGACAGAGCGUACCACAGCCACAAGAUGGCGCUGCAUACAGGAUGUUCAACCUGUGUGACAUUAAUCUUUAAAGUGAAGAAGCAAAUUUUGAAACUUUGAUCAGCUGUUGAUGCUGUUUUGUAACACACAGUGCUUAUGGACAAGCAGUGAUACACUCCUCUGUGUAGAAACAAGGUCUCUGUAACAGUGGUGUAGUCUAAAAGCAAAUAGAGAGAAUACUGUGAAGUUACGGGACACAUGACUCACACCUGCUGACAGACUGUUGAGCUCUGUUCGCCUGAAUCUCCAGCCUUACAGGGUGUUCAUUAAAACUAGGCUUGGGUGGUAUCUAUUUUUUCAUACCUACAUAUGUUCCUUAAAUUUUACUGGCAUGAUGGUAUAUAUGUGCGACACUACCCCAUCCUGACCAGCAACAUUGCUUAACCUCACACAGUGUUAAGACAGAUAAUAUUCUUACACCUAUUUUUUUUAUUAAACAGAAAAAUACAAUUGUGCACCUUCCGAAUUAAAUUUUCUCCCUUUUACUGAACUAAGACUAGCUUAAUUGUCUUGUUAACUUGUAGUAAAACACUAAAUUCUGACUCCACAGAAAAAAAAUAAAACUCCCCGCCUUGGUUAAUCUUGUUAGUCAUUUAGUGAGUUAGUCCACUGUUCCACUUAAGAAUAAUGUUUGCCCUGGAAACGCUACGGUCUAGGUACCAUGUCUGUAGGGUUACUUUUGGUUUCAAAGGUACCAUACCAAAAGUGUUUGGUGGAGACGGGUCUUAAUUUACCAGGUAACAUGUGAAAAUGUGCUGUUUUCCCCUGUGGUCUCUCUCUGCUGUUGCAGGCCAUCUGUUUACAGUCCUGUAAUGUUGUCCCCACCACUCGCAGUCGGCUCAGCUGCCUGUUGCACCAGUCUGACCUCAUGUGGUGCAUGAUGUGCACUACAUCUGUAUUACAGCCUCUCAAGUAUUAAGUUAACAGAAAUAUGAGUGACCAUGCUUUUUAUGAUACUGAAAAUCAUACCUUCGUUAUUUCUAAACACCCUGGUGUAAUACUGUGAUACCGCCCAGGCCUAAUUGUAAAACAGUUUUUUCCUCUUAAAGUGAAUUGUUCUACAGUAAACAUGGAUGGAUACACCUAAAUUAAUGCUAUUACGUAAGGCAUGAUGGAGUGCACGUCUGGCAUGUGGAACUAAAACCAGCCAUCUGUCCCUUGUCAUUUGGGGUUUGUUUUUCUCUCUCUUUCUUUGUACUUUUUGCACAUUAAAUAGAUAAAUUAAGUGUUAAUGUUAGUCCAUAACUUGAAAUAUAAAUGUAUGUUAAUUUUGUGAAUUCUCAGAAAAGAAAACUUUACAUAUCCCAGCUAAUUUUGUAGCAGGAAUGCAGAAAAGGUUAUAGAGCUUAUAUGUGCACAAACACACAACAUAGACUACACCACUGCUCUGUGGGGUUUAGAUUUAAAGCAUUGUAUUUGCACAUAUGUAUCUCAUGUGAGGUGGAGAUACUUCAGCCGUCAUGUACAUCCACCCUGCUACUGGAGCAGGUGGUGGUGCUAAACAUGGACAAGUUGCUUAUGAGAUUGAUCUGUCGUAGCACUGAUAAAGCACUGAUAUGAGUUUUCAAAAGUUUUUUUUUUCCCAUCUCUUUAAUGAGCUGACCACUUAGUAGUAACUAGCUCUGUAAAGUCAGACGUCUUUAUUUUGUUAUUGUAUCUGUGCAAUUUGGUCUUUUUCGGUUGUCACCUUCUCUUUUUGUAACUUACCUGUUUUAUCAUUGUGCAAACAAAAAUGACGUGAGAAAUAACGAGAAACACAUUUUAAAAUGAUUGAUGUUUCGUAGGAGAAUAACUGGUGUCUCAUAUUAUGAAGUGUCUCAUAAUGUACUUUCAGCCACAAUCAUUGUUCUGUCCAACUAAUUCUUCAUAACCUAAUAUUACCUAAUGCUUUAACAACCGUUACCAUGAUACAUUUGCUGUUGUAUAACAGAAUUAUACACAGCUAUAAAAAAUACUGUUAUGUCAAAAGAAAAAAAAACCUUAGGAGCAGAUUAAAGUUUUACUUUUUCAAUUACUGAGAUAUUAGCUAGCUUGGUAAGCUAUCAUUUAGCCUGUCGCACUUUCAACAUCAUAAAUGUUUGACUAAUUGAAAAGAAAAAUAAGUGAUUGCCAUUUUUAUUUUUAGACUUCUGUCGUCUUUAUUUGACAGUUAACUAACACGUGCUCCAUAAAACCUCCCAUGUGGGAAUUUUAACCCGUUCAGAUCCCCCCCGUCCCUUCCAAUGGACGUAACUGUUCUAGGAUGUCUAAAUCUAGAUCGAGACAUUACUGUCAUCUGACUCCACCCAAAUGCACAGACUAAUGGACUGCAAUAGAGCCACGCCCCCUUUUUUAACAAAUGUGUCCGACUGUGAGUCAAGGAAGGAAGUGCAAGUCAUGUUUUGGUGUAUAAAUCAUGUUGUUAAAGUACAUAAUUUGUGUUUAAACUGUUAAAAGUAACCAUGCGAUAUUGUAUUACUUACACAUGUCAAAAAAAUCAUAUGAAAUAUUUAUAGUUUUUAAUCAGGAUUUUUUGGAGCACCAUCAAAUAAAUAGGGAAAUACUGUUAAAAAAUAAAAUACAAAUUACAUAGGGAAAAUACUGUAUCAAGCCUCUAAUGCAUCUUCUGGAUUAUGUUCACAGAAUAAUAAUCUCAGGAGGAUUUUUUGCUGUACUGUUUUCUGGAGAUACUUAAGAAAUUGAGAAUAUUUUAGAGUCGUGAUAAGGAAUACAAUACAAUAUAUAUACAAUGUGUUUUAAAGCAGCACUUAAUCCAUUAAUAUGAGUUAAUUCUUCAUGAAAAAUAAAUUGACUUGUGUUUGUUGUUGAAAAAAAGGCCUGUUAAGACCUAUUAAUACUGUUAAUAAAGGGUGGUCUCUGCAUUCAGAUUCUCCGUCCAUUGGAACAGACAGAAACAAUAACAAAUAAUAAAGUCUCCUCAUUUAAAAACCAAAAAAAACCUGAUAAUUUAAGAGUGCAUUUAGAGUUAAAAAAAAAAAAAAGCACAACAUAAUUUUCUUUAUAUUUUUUUGUGUUGUGGAACAUAACUGGAUCCUGAACGGGUUAAAAUAAAUUGGAUUUUUUUUUCCCCUGAGUGAGCAACUCUUUAAAGUUGUGCUAGAUGCCAUGGAUUUGUGGCAUGGAAGAUUGAUUGAGCCUUACUAGUGUUUGCUUGGAAAAAAAAAGUUAACCUUGUUUGUUAAAGUUGUGGGGUGUAAAGACAUGAUGAAGGUUUUAGUGGUAAUAAUGCAAGGUGUAAUUCCUAGAGGGGGAUGUAUAUUUUACACAAUUCUUUCUCCCUGGGAUAUGUUCAUAUUGGAUGCAAUUUACACCAGUUGCAAUGUUCAACAACAAGGCAGGAAAUGGUUAGCCACAUAGGGCGAGACGUCGUGGAUGUAUAAAGAGAACUGGAUAGAGUGUUGGAGGUGGGUUCUUGUUCAUUUCUAUGAAAGCUGCUUUGUGGGGCAUGAAGCCAAAAAAACUGACUUUGUCUUCUGAAUCAUUGAGCCAAAAAAGCAAGUGCGCUAUAAACUUUUCCCACCUAAGCAGCUAACUUACGGUUUAGUACUUCACUAAUUUGAAUGGGGAUAAAAUCAUUAAAUUGUGCAGCUCUAGACUGGAUAAAAUCCCAAUAUUUCGGGAAGGGGGUUUGUGAUGCUCUUAAAAAUUAUCCAUUGAAUUAUAGAUGUGUAUCUAACAAUGUUGGUCUAUGGGGAAAUGCCUUUUUGGGUCCAAAAGCGUCACAUGACGGAUGUGGAAGUUGUAAUUCCACAGUUUGACCACUGUGUCAAAUUGGCCUCAAAGCCCAACACUGUGCCUGGGGGCUUGAGGGAAGCACAGGGUGUGGGUUUGAAAGCUAGGAGAGUGGAUGGGCAUGUCACAUGUUGGUUUUAAUACUAGAGUUGAGAAUUGAGUUCAUGGCUUAGUUGGUAUUUGAAUUUUUGUACAUUUAACCAAGACAAUCUCUCCUCCAACCUUUAUAAAGUAGUUUUAUUUGACUAACUUUAAUUAUAAUGUAUGGCUUGGCCUGGAUAUUGUGAAAAUAUUUAAUUAAAAACAGUUUGCACUAAAUGUUCAGAAAUGUUUGCAGUGAAUGAAACUUUGAGUCUUUUGCAGAAUUAAUGGAGAUCAAUGGUCUGUGUGGUGAAUAGGUUGUGUUUAGGUUUAAGGUAUAGAGUUGACUGAAGGUAGUGGAUAUGUAGGUACACUGUAAGAGAUACAGGUGGGUUUGGUAUGUGUUAGGCGUUAUGUUGGAGACAGAUUGAGUUCAUAAAGUGUAGGAAUGGUUAUGUGUAUUAAGGGUUUGGAGUGGUUAUAGGAAGGGUUCAGAGGGAGGAGGUUGGUAAGUUAGGGAUAUUUGCGUUCACAAAGUGCUCGGCUCCACCAACUGUCUUCCAUGCCAUAAACGUGGUGGGGUGUAGCAGUAAGAUUAGUCAAACACUAACCACAACAUUUUAGGUUUGUUUUCCAUCUCAGCCUGAGUUAAAUGGGAGGACCUUUAUCACCUUUUUAAGAUGUUUAAAAUCCAGGGACUUGACAUAUUUAGACAGGUUUUGUUUCACUUUGAGCUGUGCAUAUGAUCAAAUACCUCUACUUGUCUCUGCAUCACAGUCAACGUAGUACUUGAUGUUUCUGUAACUCUUAUUUUUUCCGUUGUGGCUGUAUGGACUCGUCUUUCUGCUUUGAUCUAAAGCAUUUAGCUGCCCUUUGUUGAUAGCCUAUUGCUGUGAGAAAAUACUGUUAUUGAAAAUGUUUAAAUUUUACUGUAUUGAUUAUGCAAUAACAUACAUUUUUUAAUAGCUUGUGUUUCAUUUAGAAGUCAUAUCUGAGGAAAACUGAUGGUUUCAAACAUUUUUUUGUUGAUGUAAAACCUGACUUUACCCACUUCAGAACAUCAUUGUUCAUGUAUACACUUUUAGAUCCCCAAAUAAAUUUGAGAUGGUGGUUUAA